GCCUGCGCCGCUGUCCGCGCCGCCGCGCGCGCUCCGGGGCAGUCGCCGCCUCAGUCGCGACAGGUGCGCGGGACCCGCCGCAGGUAUUUGUGGUGAUAAGAUGGAGCCUUCCCCAUUUAAUAGAAGACAAUGGACUUCCCAGUCUUUGAAAAUCACUGCGAAAGAGCUUUCUCUGGUCAACAAGAACAAGUCCUCAGCUCUUCUGGAGAGGUUCUCCAAGUAUCAGAAAGCAGCUGAAGAAGCCACUGCUGAGAAAAGAAGAAGUAACGCAGAAAAUCUUCCCCCUCAUUUUAAUCGGGGGAACCUGAGUGUGUUAAAGAAGAAGUGGGAGAAUCCAGUGCUGGGAACAGAGUUUCGGAAGGAAACGCUGCGAAGCAGCUGUGCUGAGGUUGGGCACAAGGUCGGCAGCCCCGGGCUGGGAGCCGGGAACGCUCCCGCCGCUCCCCCAGACGCGGAGCGACCCCCGGGGGCUCCUGCUCCCGCUUCCAGCCCCCCCGACCAGCCGCGGGGUCCCGCUGGGGACAGCAGGAAGCUUAAAAGCCACUCACCGGAGAGUGGGAAGAUGGAAAACUGUCUGAGAGAGCCCAGGGAAGUGGAGAAGCCUGAAGGCAGCGAGAACACGGACUCUGCGGGGAAGAUCGAGAAAUACAACGUUCCUCUGAGCAAGAUCAAGAUGAUGUUUGAGAAGGGGGAAGCGGCUCAGCCCAAGGUCCCCAGAGACCAGAGGAAGGCAGCAGUUGGGAGGAGAGUCUCUGAAAACAGCCUCUCUUCGGAGGACUUUGAUGCUGGCCAAGGGGAGAAGAGCCACAGUGCAUCAGAGACUAGUCCAGCCCUCAGCCCAGAGAAGGCAGAGACCAAGAGAAGCCUGGAGAUGCCUCGCUUGUCAGAAACGUCGAUAAAGGACAGACUGGCCAAGUACCAGGCAGCUGUGUCCAGGCAGGGCAGCUCCUCAGGCCCCAUCACCACGAAUGAGAUUCAAGCCAGUGAAAGUGAACUCAAGAAUUACAAAUCUGAGCAGAAGGAGAAUAUGCCACCAAGUCUUGAGGACUCCAUUUCCUGUCAGGAUGGGGAGAAGGUUUCUCUAGGUGAGAACAACUUGUCUUUCCACUCUGGUCUUCUAGAGGAUGGCAAUGUUGGACAAAACCUGGAGAGAGAGACAGAAGUUCAGAAACCUGUCAGCACAAAGCAGCAAAACAUUGCUUCUAAACCAGCUGGCCAGACAGAUGCAUCUCUGCCAAAAGGAGUGAAGAAAUUUCAGUUGCCAGUGAAGGAAACCUGCGUUGGGUGUCAGAAGACAGUGUACCCGAUGGAGAGGCUCUUUGCCAACCAGCAGGUGUUUCACAUCAGCUGCUUCCGCUGUUCCUAUUGCAACAGCAAACUCAGUCUUGGUACAUACGCAUCUCUGCGUGGCAAUAUUUACUGCAAGCCUCACUUCAACCAGCUCUUCAAAUCCAAAGGCAAUUAUGAUGAAGGCUUUGGACACAAACAGCACAAGGAGUUAUGGGCAGGCAAAACUGAAUGUGAAGAAUCCCCAGAGAAAACUGUCCAGGGUGUAAAUGCAGCAGAAAGUCCACACAGCCCAGGAGUAGAGGAUGCCCCAAUUGCAAAAGUAGGAGUUCUGACAGCAAGUAUGGAGGCAAAAGCUUCAGCUUUGCCUGAGAGAGAAGAGAGACCAGCAGAAACAAAAAAGCUCCGGAUCGCCUGGCCGCCUCCUUCUGACCAAAGUGUUCAAGGAAGUGCCUUAGAUGAGGGCAUCAAAGUAUUCAAACCCAAGUGGCCCCCAGAAGAAGAGAUUUCCAAGCCAGAUGUGCUGGAGGAUGUGGAUCUAGAUCUGAAAAAGUUAAGAAGAUCUUCCUCAUUGAAGGAAAGAAGUCGUCCCUUUACAGUUGCAGCCUCAUUUAGAACAGUAUCUGUUAAAGGCCAUAAAACAGAGAAUUCACCUUCUCCUUCUAAGGCAGAGAGAGACAAGUUGAAAAGAAGUGAGGAACUGGAGAGAGAGGUCCUGGUGGACAAAAAGCAAAAGGAAAAUAAGGUUGAGAAUAGGAACAUCCAGAGUGCUGAAGAGAAAAAUCUAGAGGAAGAACGGGAUCUGUCUCAUGUCAAAGCAGUAGAGCACAACUUUGUAGAAAAUGGGCAGGUGAAUGCAGAGACAGAUGAGGAACAACACGUGAUGGAAGAGCAGGAACUUCCAAAUGAAGAAUUCCUUGAACCAAAUUCUCCUAAACAUUCCAGCUUAGCCAAUGUUGUGACUGCUAAGGAAUCAUCCAACCAGAACCGCAAAUCCCAAGAUGUUGGUUUCUGGGAAGGUGAAGAUAUGGAAGAUCUGUCUGUGGAAGAACAGAUCAAGAGGAAUCGUUACUAUGAAGAUGAUGAUGAAGAAUAAAUUGGCCUUUUACUAGAAAACUUGCUGCAAGGUGCUGGGCCUUUUAAAAUGGGUGUUUUUAGCUUUAACAAACAGCUGUCCUCCAUGAAAGUGAUGCUCUACUGCACAUGGACGUUAAGGGAAUCCUGUGUCUAAACCAUCUCAACUAGAAAAAUACUCUGGAAGCCUCAAAAAGAGAAUCUUUAGGUGCAUGGAAACAAAUACCUGGCUGUGGGACGGCUUCAGCAGGCAAUCUCUGCUCCUACUGUCUCACCCUUUUUGAGCUUCAACACCUAUUUUACCAACAAUUCACAGAAUUUCACUGUCCUCAUAAUGAAACAGGCUGUGAAACAGGUUUUCUGUAGCUACUUUUACCACUACAGAUGCUACUGCAGUGCUUAGGGACCAAUUCCAAAGGGACUUUCUGGCCUGCUUGAAAAAUUACAACAGAAGGCACUUUAAUACAUGUCAAGGGCACAACUAAGGAGGGGGUUUUGAAUAAAAACAUAUCUUUGUGCUUAGUAUCCAACAACUAAAGCAUCUAAAACUGAGUGCAAUGUGAUUUUUCUUUCUCAGAACUGCCAAUGAGACUCCCUGCUUCCUUCACUUUCCUCUGUGCAACUGGAAUGGGGUGUCAGGUGUUUUGGUGCAUCUCCAGGAGCUGUGCUGGCUGACAGGUCUCUUUGAGGACAACUCACCACUUUUGCAGUAGCCUGCAGGGCAUUACUUUAGCAUUUCAUAUGCAUUUGAAGUGGGGGGGCUUGGGGUUUUUCUUCUUUUUUUGGUGUUUGUUCUGUUUUGUUUGUUUUUUUACUUGGAAUUCAUCAUCGUUCAUUUUAAACUGCAGAUAAUAUUUUUAAGGCCUUUUGACAACUUUGAAAUCUCCCUUGUACCAAGUUGCCCUAAAUCUUUUUUCAUUAUGGCUGUGAAAUUAUGCUGCAUUGCAAAAAUCUCUGGAAUAAAACCAUCUCAACAGUGAGACUUCCUGAUUGCAAGAGUUGAAGCAUUUUUAAACUUGACUUCAUUUAUUUUAAGAAUCAUUAAAUCUUGACCAGUGGAAGGAGGAUGCUCUUUUAUAUUAGCUUUUAUUUGUACUGUAUUCUCAUGAGAAUUAGCUCUUAACUAUACUUGAGGUGUAAAAUAUUCUGCUUUCUUAACAGUCCUGCUAACUACAAAACCUUCAAUAAAGUUUGGUCAUUUACAUUAAA